GUGGAUAAAAUAGGAAGAGGAUAUCAAGGGGAUCCAUCCUCAGCUCUUCUAGAGCUGUUGGAUCCAGAACAGAACUCUAACUUCUUGGAUCAUUACCUUGAUGUUCCUGUGGAUUUAUCAAAGGUACUUUUUAUCUGUACUGCCAAUGUAACAGAAACCAUUCCGGAGCCACUGCGGGAUAGAAUGGAAGUGAUCAAUGUAUCAGGAUAUGUAGCAGAAGAGAAACUUGCAAUUGCAGAGAGAUAUUUGGUCCCUCAAGCGCGAGUUCUCUGUGGCUUGGAUGAAAACAAAGCCAAGAUCACAUCAGAUGUCCUGACUGUUCUCAUCAAGCAGUAUUGCAGAGAAAGUGGGGUGAGGAAUCUGCAGAAACAAGUAGAAAAGGUAUUGAGGAAAUCUGCCUAUAAAAUUGUGAGUGGAGAAGCAGAGACGGUCCAAGUGACACCUGAAAACCUGCAGGACUUUGUAGGAAAGCCCAUCUUCACUGUGGAUCGCAUGUAUGAAAGCACUCCUCCAGGAGUGGUGAUGGGUCUGGCCUGGACAGCUAUGGGAGGUUCCACUCUGUUUGUUGAAACAUCCCUGAGGCGACCCAAAGACAAGGAGAACAAGGAUGGCUCCCUUGAAUUAACAGGGCAACUGGGUGAUGUAAUGAAAGAGAGUGCCAAAAUAGCUUACACAUUUGCAAGAGCCUUUCUGAUGGAGAAGGACCCCAACAAUAACUUUCUCAUGUCUUCCCAUAUCCACUUGCAUGUGCCGGAGGGGGCAACACCAAAGGACGGACCAAGUGCAGGGUGUACUAUAGUAACAGCUUUGCUAUCGCUGGCUAUGAAUUGCUCAGUGAGGCAGAAUGUGGCCAUGACUGGAGAGGUGUCAUUAACCGGAAAAAUUCUUCCUGUUGGUGGAAUCAAGGAGAAGACUAUUGCGGCAAAGAGGGCAGGUGUUACCUGUAUCAUUCUGCCGUCAGAGAAUAAAAAGGAUUAUUAUGACCUUGCUGGAUUCAUCACAGAAGGACUAGAAGUGCAUUUUGUUGAGCACUACAAAGAGGUAUUUGAUAUAGCAUUUUCAAAGCUGGACUCCACUGGAGGAUGACGUUCCACAGCCUGAUGGCUGGAAGGUGGUCUGUCCCUUAAUGCUCAGCCCCUGCCCAGAAAUGGGGUGACCAGUGGCAGUCCUGAACUGGGACAUGGAGCUAUUGCUGCUGCGCAGCUGCUGAAAUGAAUUAUGGCUUUGGUAGAAUAAAGUAUUUCUCACUCUUUAAUACUGAAUUAUGAUUCACAUUAAGUAUUUCCAAUAAAAUUGUGAAAUUUUACCGAAGGA